GCUCUCAGUUUCUUGCCAGCCGCAGAUCGAAAUAGACGUCUCGACCCGACCAACAUCUUGCCGCGCAAAAGGUGGUAAAACAAAAGCGCGUGCGUACCUCAAGCUGGUGUAAAAAAAAUAAGCAAAAUAAGUGAAGUGCAAUCAGCAGACAAGACAAGAUAAUGAUAAAAAACAUAUGAGUAUAACAAAAAAAAAAAAAACCAACUACUUGUGCAAAGAAGGGAAUCUAUGUGAGUGAAGUGAGAAGUAAAGUGAGUGGAAACUUGUUUUAUGUGUUUGUGUGUUUUUGAUUUUUUUUUUUAAAUACUUAUAUAGUUUUUUGUGCAAAAAACAUUUAACUUAACAAAGACGCAAAGGGCGACAACUUGUUUAUCUCUCUGCGAGUGCCGGGUCCGGUUAUCUAGCCCAAGCACUUGACACUCUCUGCACUCACAAGUCAAAGAUUCCAUUCCAAGUCAUCACAAGUCAAGUCAAGAUUCUGUGCGACAUUCUAGACAUUCUGUCGUAUUUGUGUGAUCUGAAAGUCUCAACUGACUGACUGAUUUGAACUGAUUAAUUGCGCUUGUCAAUUGUAAUUAUGACAGCGGAGACACUUAAACCAUUUAUAACACCAACCAGUGCCGUUGAUAGUUUUCCGGCCAAUCGUCAAUCGAGCGGAACCUCAUCUCAUCAUAAUCAUCUAACCCAACGGAAGGCAACAACAUUGAGGCAACUGAUACCCACUGUCUUUACCAUAACAGCUCUGGCCCUGGUCAUUGUUAUCUUGGGCUUAACGAUAUGGCAAACAAUGCGUGUCUCUCAAGCGGAAAAGGAUUUGAAAUCUCUGAAACGAGUUGUCGAUAGUCUACAGCAACGUUUGGGCAUCCAUUAUUUAGAGGAUAUUGAUGAAUUUCAAAAAGAGUAUGAAAAUGCACUUAUUGAGGAUCCCAGCAAACUAGAUGCCAUUGAGUCCGAAGAUGAUGAUGAUGAUGAGGAUAAUGAUGGAAUUGAAGAUGAUGAUGAAGAUGAUGAUGACACUUGGCCAGCAACUGGAGAUGAUGAUGACGAUGGUCUAAUAACAGACUAUGAAGACUAUGCCGAUGUCAUCAAAAAUUAUCACGAUUUCAAUGAAAAGGAAAAUGAUAUGGCAUCUACAACUCCCACACAUGAGGAGACCGAUGAUGCCAGUUCUUCAUCUGCCUCGAACGAUGAUAAUGUAUUUCAAGACUUCACCAGCUACAAUGAUUCCAAAAAGAAAAGGGAAAGAAAGACUCGUUCCAUAGCCUCAAAUGUAGGCCAUGAUCUGCAGUCCAAUAACUUCCCGACCUCUCAAGAACAGAAUAAAACCCAAGAGCAGGCAGAAAAAUCAACAAACAUUAACGAAAAAGAACAUAAAUCUGUUGUACUUCAUCAUCGUCGUCGAGUACAUCGUCGUCCAAGGGUUCUGGUACGCAAAGGUGAAUCUUUAAUUUCAGCCAAAUCAACGAAUCUGAAUUCGAAUGCAAAUCAAUUGAGUCGAACACCUGCUGCCCAUUUUCAUCUUAAUCGUAAAGUGGCUCAUCAUCAGGCACCCAUACAAGUGAGCUCCUAUCAGGGUGAUAUGUAUAUAGGUCAUGCCACAGCAACCAGCGACAAUACGUGGCAAGAAUAUUACAGUGUCAAUGGCGGAGUUUUGACUGUCAAUCAGCCGGGUCUAUACUAUAUCUAUGCUCAGAUCUGUUAUAAUAACACUCACGAUCAGAAUGGUUUUAUAAUAUUCCAUGGACAGAAUGCCUUCUUACAGUGCCUGAACACAGUGCCUACCAAUAUGCCGCAAAAGAUACACACUUGCCACACCAGCGGCUUAAUUGAGUUGCAUGAAAAUGAAUCGAUUCACUUGCGUGAUAUACAUCGAGAUCGGAAUGUUAUGUUAAGGGAUUCGAAUAAUCGCAGCUACUUUGGCAUUAUCAAGCUGUAAGGAAGGAAGAGAAGGCAAGAGAAGGAGGAGAAGGAGGAGGCACUGGCCAGUCUAAGCUUUAGUAGUCACCUUGUCUAGACUACGCGUGAAUACGAUUUAACAGAUCAUUUAGCAUAUAGUUUCAUAGCUUUUAGUCACUCAUGUAUAACUUAUUGUGUAUAUAUCACUAUAUAUAUAGAUAUAUAUAU